CUACAACUACAAAACCAAAAAAAAAAACAAUCUCGUUUGAUCAAGGCUUGUGAGUUUGGAAAAGCUAAAAGACAAUGGCAAGCUUCACUUCCUCCGUCACUUGUCCUAAUCUUCUUAUGAAGCCUUCAGUCACAGCUAUCUCCACUGAGAUUGUGUAUGGUCUUCCAAGGAUGAUCAAGAGAAGCAGUGGAGUGAAAUGCUCGAUGGAGACAAAGCAGCCCAAGCAAGAAAAGAGCUCAACGGCAGGUUCGUCCGUGUUGGCGCUUAUGUUAACAGCUGUGGUGAGUAGUAGCCCAGCAAUGGCAUUGGUGGACGAGAGGAUGUCCACGGAAGGAACAGGACUGCCUUUUGGUCUGAGCAAUAACCUGUUGGGUUGGAUUUUGUUGGGCGUGUUUGGUUUGAUAUGGGCUGUUUACUUUAACUACACGUCUUCCCUCGAUGAGGAUGAUGAUUCUGGGCUUUCCCUCUGAAAGUUCCCACUCUCUGUUUCUCUCUCAUUUUUCAGUGAACAUGAAAGUGAAAAUGCUCUGUACCUUCUUGUAAAGUAAGUGAAAAAAAAAGAGAGAGACCAGACCUUGUGUAAAAUGCAGUAAAAUGUGUAUUGUUUGUGGGUUCAAUAAAUUUAUUGGGCCAAUACAAAAGCCCAUUAAUGUU